AUGAAAGUUUUGUUUGGAUAUCAAGAUGUUCUUGAUAUGAUUACCAAUGGCAUUACUCCUCUUGGUAAAGAGGCUACAGCAGCUCAACAAGCAAAAUUCAAGGAAGAUAAGAAGAAAGACUACAAGGCCCUUUUCUUGAUCAAUUCUUGUGUCGAUAGUGACAACUUCGAAAAGGUUGGCGAUUGCGACUCGGCGAAGACAGCUUGGGGUAUUCUUGAGAAAGCUUAUGCUAGUGCGGAUAAAGCGAAGGUGGCGAGGUUACAAAAUCAUAAGCGGCGGUUUGAGUUACUUCAAAUGGAAGACAAGGAAACGAUUAACGAUUACGUGACGCGUGUGACACGCUUGGGGAAUCAAAUGAAGUCGUGUGGUGAAGCCGUUUCCGAACAGAAUUUUGUGUCAAAGGUAUUGCGUUCUUUAACACCAAGAUUCGAUAAUAUUGUGGUGGCGAUUGAGGAAUCGAAGGAUCUCAAGACGAUGAUGAAAGAUGAACUUCAAAGUUCAUUGGAAGCUCAUGAACAAAGGAUGGACGAAAGAGGAAACGAUAAAGCCAAAGCGGAAGUUGCUUUGCAAGCCCGUUUCAACGAGAAGAAUAAGAAAUCGAAAGGGAAAUGGCCUUCUAGAGGAAAGAAAAAUUUCCAGAAUUUUGAUGGAAAAGAGUCACAAAAUUCAAGGAAAGGUGAGGGCAGUUCCAAAGGUGGUGGUCAAGACAACUACAAGCCGUUCGACAAAAGUACCAAGAAGUGUUACAAUUGUCAAAAGCUUGGGCAUUUCGCAAGAGAGUGUAGAGCGAAACCAAGGGAGAAUUAUGCGGAUGAGGCUAAGGUUGCUAGGCAAGACGUGGAUUAUGAUAACACGGUUCUUGUGAUGAUCAUGGAAGAGAACUACGCCAUUAAAGAGGUGCUGGACAGCAACUGUGACAAGAGGAAGUUGCUGGACAACAAUUAUUGCAGUGCAGAAAAUUCUGCAAUAACGCAUUCGAAGAAAAGCGCAAUGGUAACAGUUCAAGAUGGAGCCCAAGGGAGAAAUGAGUGGUACUUGGACUCAGGUUGUUCGACACAUAUGACAGGAAGAAAGGAUUGGUUCGUGAAGAUCAAUCAAGCCACGCGAAGUAGAGUGAAAUUCACGGAUGAUACGACAUUAGCGGCCGACGGUGUCGGUGAUGUUUUGAUCAUGAGAAGGGAUGGUGGUCAUUCCUUGAUCAAAGAUAUGCUUUACAUUCCAGGAAUCAAGUGUAAUCUCUUGAGUAUUGGCCAAUUGCUUGAGAGGAAUUACAUGAUUCGAAUGGAAAACAAGGUUUUGCGCGUUUUGGACCAAAAUGGUGUUUUGAUCCUUAAGGCUCCUAUGGCUGCCAAUAGGACUUUCAAGAUUGAGUUGGAAAUCAUGGAGCAUAGGUGCUUAGCUACAGCGACAAGUCGUGAUGAAUGGUUGUGGCACUACCGUCUUGGACACUUGAAUUUUUGA